GUGCAACGCCAUAAUUCACUAAUACAUCAUAAAUCGUUGAAAGUACCCGCGUUAUAACGACCAAGAGAAAUCUAACAAAUCAAGCGCCCCUUAGUACUCAACUGUAAGCCUGCAACUCUCUAAAACAACCUAAAUGAGCUCUUACUUUGUAAACUCGUUCUCGGGGCGCUACCCAAAUGGCCCCGACUAUCAACUGCUAAAUUAUGGAGCCAGCAGCGGCGCAAUGAACGGCGGGACGUACAGGGACUCUUCCUCCGCCACCAUGCACCAUGCGACGGGCUCUUACGGGUACAGCUACAAUGGCAUGGACCUGACCGUCACCAACCGGGGAGGGGGGAGCAGCAGCGUCGACAACACCGGAGGACACUUCGGGGGCGGCUCGGUCGUCGGGGACUCCCGGGGUUUCGGCUCCCCGGCCCCGGAGAGGAGCCUCAGACAACCGUCCAGCUGCUCCCUUGCUUCCGCGGCAGACUCCCUUCUGUCACCCGGUUGUGGAGACAGUAAGCUGGGCGCCCAGAGCUCGUCUCCCCGCUCGGGGCAACCAGGAAGCGGUAAUCUCAGCUCUCCAAACCUGUCAUCCACCUCCUCCGGCGGCGGCGGCGGCGGCACGGCGCAGCGCUUCACGGAGUUGGACGACGCGUCGCCAGAGUCCGACGAGUUGCAGCACAACCGGGAUACCGGCAACCCACCAACCAGGACCGGGCACCCGCAGCCGCACAAGCAGGAAGGCGGCCCGGCGGGAUCAGCCACUGGCAGCACAGCGGGCAGCGACGGUCAGACACCACAGAUAUUCCCCUGGAUGAGAAAGCUGCACAUUAGCCAUGAUAUGACGGGCCCCGACGGGAAACGGGCGCGGACGGCGUACACCCGCUACCAGACGCUCGAGCUGGAGAAGGAGUUCCACUUCAACCGGUACCUCACGCGGCGACGGCGGAUCGAGAUUGCACACACUCUCUGCCUCACGGAGCGGCAGAUCAAGAUCUGGUUCCAGAACCGGAGGAUGAAGUGGAAGAAGGACAACAAACUGAAAAGUAUGACCCUCGCCACCGGCGGCAGUGUCUUCCAACCCUAGAAAUUGAUCCAUUAAAAAAAAAAAAAAAGCAUCCGUCCAUCACUUUGGAAAGGCUACUUCCAUGUACAGGCUUCCCAGGAGGAAAAAGAGAGACAAAACAGUAGAAAAAAAAUAAAGAAAACUUGAAGAAAACAACAGAAGAAGGCAGCAGAAGAUGGAUCAAAAGAAGGCGGUGAUGAAGAAAUAUGUCUAUUACAAACAGAUUCCAAAGCUAGAUAAAAAAAAAAACACUUCUUAUUCAACUGAGUACUGUACAGCAGCGCAGCACUUUUUAUUUGUUCGGCAUGUUGGUCUUUGGUGUUUUAGGGCAACGUAUAAAAAUGACUGUGGUACUUGCUCUUGUAAAAAACAAAAACUUAGUGUUCGUGUAUGUUCUCGUCGUUUUUAAAAUAGCUGUUCGGAGGAGAGGAGUCGAAAAAAAAGGGAAAGGAUGAAUAAUGCUACCUAACUACUUUUCUACCUUACAUCCUACCUUACAACCUCGCUACCUACCUGUUGUUUAAUGUCUAAAUAUCGUUAUAUGUGUCAAGUGCGAUGUUUUGUAAUUGACAAAGUGCUUUCUAGAAAAGUUAGCAUGUGAGCUCUUAUUGUAAGUUAUUUAC